AUUCUAGUACUCUUCACACAAUACAUUAUGAUAUACCUUCACUCUGCAUUUGUUUGUACGUCACAGAAUCCAAGUGUCAGCAACCAGCGAAGGAUAUCUCUUUCCACUGACCCAUCAUUUACAUAUUAAUCAACAAAUUUUCAAACACAAGGUCUCUCUCUCUUCAUUCACCUUUCCUUCUUCUUCCACCUACUUCUCCUUUUCAGCAACAACAGGUCUAUAUCUUAUCUUGGGGUUGCCCACUCCAAAAAAGUAAGAGAGAGAAAGAGAAGGGACAGCACCCACCAUUUGUGGCUGCCCUCUAUUUUAUAGUCCCUAGCCUCAAUCAUGCCAUCAGGUGCUAAGAAGAGGAAAGCAGCCAAGAAAAAGAAGGAAAAGGAAUCCCCUUCAACCACCAUCCCUCAAGGGAGUGAUGAGUUGAAGUCCCAAGAUGAGAAAGGAAGUGAUGGUGGUGAGGGUGGUUCACCUUCACAUGGUGACCAUGAUCUUGCAUUCAAUGAAGAUGUGGAGGAGGAGGACCCUUCAGGUGCUCAACCAUCAGAUGCUGCUUCCAAGGACUUGGAAGAAGUCCCUGGUGAUACUAAGAGUGAUGAAAGUGAAAGAGGAAAAGAAGGUGUUGUUCUGAUAGAGUCGGAUGUGAAAUCUGAGGAGGGUUUUGGGAGCAAAGAUGGGAGUGUUGGGCAUGUUGAGUCUGCCAAGGAAUCUGAUAUUGGAAAUGGGAAUGGGAACGGGAACUCUGGCAGUUCAAGUGAUGAAAGCGGAACUGUGAAGAACUCAAAGGAUGAAUCUCAUAAUUCUGUAAAUGAGACAGUUAAAUUUAACGAGUUGGUUAAAUCCAUGGAGUCUUUGCACGCCAAAAUGACAUCAACUACUCAAAACGUUACGGUUGAGGAGACCGGUGAUUUGGUUGUGGAAUCUUCUGCUGAUCCAGUUAAAGCAGUGGUUUCUGUACCUGAGGUGCAAGAUAUUGAUAAUAAAAAUGCUUUAUUAGAGAAAACAAUGGAUUCUCAAGUAGAAGCAACUGAUCUUGCUGUGGAGGAAAAUGAGGAUAAAGAACAUCCCUCUUCUGAUCAGAAUGUUAGAACAUUAAAUUUGGAGGAACCUAAGCCAAGGGAAUUUGACAAUGAAGUAUCAGCAUCAGUGUCUCAUAGUCCUAUCCCUGAAUCUAGAAUUGGUGCAGAACAUGUUAAAGAUUCUGACACAGCAGAAUGCUCUGAAAAUAAGCCUAGUAUUGCAUCAACUCCACAUGUGGUGCAAAAGACCUCCUGGUUGAGUUGCUGUGGACUGUUUGAAGCUCUGUCAGGCUCCAACCGAUAAGUUCAGAUAAGCUUAUGAGGAGAGGAUUCAUAGAUAUACAAGAACGAGGAUCUCAUCUAUGGAUCAAACUUGUGAAAACUUAGGAGUUCGGUCAGAAAAUUUUGUGAUAUUUUAAUGUAGAUGUGUUGUUAAGAUUUUCCAAAGAAUAAUGGGCAGAGACCCAACUAUAUAAUUCAUGAGGUUUAUUAAAGGUUUGUUGUUGUAAGUUGUUGUAUUAGCAACAUUUUCAUCUGAAUAUACCCGAGUCUUAAAAACUUUUCAAACUACAUUUUUGUCAGUAUGCAAUUAUUAUUCCUUAGUUCUGCUUAA